UUUAUGAUUAUCAAAGGCUGAAUGGCCAUCAUUACAAUCAUCAUCAACAACAGCAACAACAGAAUUUUCGAAAUGAUUCCAAUUAUUAUGGUUCCCAACAUCAUCAUCAUCAUCAACAACAAAAUGCACAACAUUCACAUCAUCAUCAACGUCGUUCACAUCAUCAAUUGCAUCCACAUCCACAUCCACAUCAUCAUCAUCAUUUUGCCAAUAACGGUGAUCUCGAUAAUGAAUUCAUUUCCGAUAAUGAUGAUAAUGAUAAUGAUGAUGAUAAUAAAAUGAUCGGCACUGGUGGUGGUGGUGUUGGUGGCAUUAAUCCAAUUGGUGGCAACAUAAACGAUAUCUAUAAUCGUAGCGUUAUUGAACCAACAAAAGGUUGGGAUGUAUUUGUUGUCACACCACCGGAAGAUGAAGAUGAAACACUUAGUUCAAAAUGGAUAGAGAAAAUAUUGAAAUUUUUAAAAUUAAUCACAUUUUUAAUCACAUUUAUAAUCGUAUUGUUUUGUGCCGUUUUCUCCAAAAGUAUCGUAUUGUUUAUGACAUCAAUGAUACGAUCAAAUCGUACUGUACCGGUUUGUGCACAAGGUAUACCCGGUUUAGAACGUGAUAAAAAAUAUGUUGCCGUCUAUCAACCAGAUGAUCCGGAACGUAUUGGCUGGAUUUGGAGCCUAUUUUUAAUACUUAUAUUUCCUGAAUUUAUGACAUUAUUUCGUAGUGUUCGUAUCUGUACAUUUAAAUCAUAUCGAAUACCAUCGAAAUCAAUAUUUUUUACUGUAUUUGCCAUUGAAAGUAUUCAUACAUUAGGAUUGGUAAUACUAAUAUUCAUCAUAUUUCCAUCAUUAGAUGUUGUUAAAGGUGCAAUGCUUACAAAUUGUCUUUGUUUCAUACCAUCUAUAUUGGCCAUAUUUUCUCGUCGUGAAGAUGAAUCAAAAUAUAAAACAUUUUUAGAUAUAAUCUCAAUGAUUAUACAAGCAGCUGCAUUCAUUAUAUGGCCAAUUAUGAUGCAAGAAGAACGUAUACCAGCACCAUAUAAUCCAUUUUUAAUACCAAUAGUUUGUAUUAUGAUCUCAUUAGGUUGGUGGGAAAAUUAUUUGGAUAAAAAUUCAAAUUUUAAUUUCAUCCAACAAAUGGCCAAAAUUAAACAAAAAUUUCAUCGUACACGUUAUUUUAUUUAUAUAUUCAUUUCAAUUUGGAAAGUAUUGCUCAUAUUUUUAUCAAUGUUUGCCUGUCUUUAUUAUAUCGAUGGUUCAACAUCAUUGGCCAUUUUUGGUAAAUUUCGUGAAGCAUUUGGACAACAUAAAAUAUUAAUACAAAGAGAUCGAUCCGAUCUAUUGGAAUUUGCUAAUACCGAUCAAUUUGUUGGUGUUGAAGGUGAAUCAUUUGAAAUUAAUUCCCGUUCAUUAGCAUCAUUAUGGCUGGUUUUCAUGCAAAUUGUUGCCACUUGGCUUUGUUAUGUUGUGGCAAAAUUUACCUGUAAAAUCUGUAUUCAAGGAUUUAGUUUUGCUUUUCCAAUUAGCCUUACAGUGCCGGUCACCAUUUCUGUAUUGAUCACAUUCUGUGGAAUUCAUUUCGAAAAUCGUUGUCCAUUAUCGGAUUUUUGGAUACCAAAAUAUCUAUUCUGGUUUUGUCAAGAAGAACCAUUCAGUGAAUUUCUAAUGAAACCACAUGCAUUUUUAUGGGUUGCAUGGCUACUAUCACAGAUUUGGAUUUCCGUACACAUCUGGAAUCCUAAAUGUGAACGUUUAGCAACGACAGAAAAAAUUUUUGUACUACCAAUGUAUAAUUCUGUAUUGAUUGAUCAAUCAUUAGCAAUGAAUCGUCGUCGUGAUGAUGAAGAGAUUAUUAAAAGUGAAGAUAUUAAUCUAGAUAGUGAUGGUACAACAAUGCAAGAUCCAUCACAACAUUAUGAAACAAUUUCUGAUCAGGAUGAUAAAAAGAAAAAAGAUAAAGAAACUUUUAGUGCCGAUCAAAUUAUACGUAUCUAUGCAGUGGCUACAAUGUGGCAUGAAACAACAGAAGAAAUGUUACAAAUGCUAAAAUCAGUAAUGCGUAUGGAUGAAGAUCAAUGUGCACGACGUAAUGCACAAAAAUAUCUUCGUAUUAUUGAUCCAGAUUAUUAUGAAUUUGAGGUUCAUAUAUUUUUCGAUGAUGCAUUCGAAUUGUGUGAUGAAAAUGAUGAAGAUAUGGUUGUUAAUCGUUUUGUUAAACAAUUCGUACAAGUUAUGGAUACAGCCGCUAGUUAUGUACAUCAAUGUAAUAUUAAAUUAAAAGUGCCAAAAAAAUAUCCAACACCAUAUGGUGGCCGUUUAGAAUGGAUUAUGCCUGGACAGAAUAAAUUAAUUGCCCACCUCAAGGAUAAGGUGAAAAUUCGACAUCGUAAACGUUGGAGUCAAGUUAUGUAUAUGUAUUAUUUGUUGGGUCAUAAAAUUAUGGAAUUACCAAUCGAUGUUAAUCGUAAGGCAAUGAUUGCUGAAAAUACUUAUUUACUUACAUUGGAUGGUGAUAUAAAUUUUCGGCCACAUGCUGUACAAUUAUUAGUGGAUCUUAUGAAAAAGAAUAAAAAUCUUGGCGCUGCCUGUGGUCGUAUACAUCCGGUUGGCACUGGAUUCAUGUAUUGGUAUCAGAAAUUUGAAUACGCUAUUGGUCAUUGGCUACAAAAAGCAACUGAACAUAUGAUUGGCUGUGUACUUUGUUCACCGGGUUGUUUUUCAUUAUUUCGUGCAAAAGCAUUGAUGGAUGAUAAUGUAAUGCGUAAAUAUACGACAAAAUCCGAAGAAGCAUUACAUUAUGUUCAAUAUGAUCAAGGUGAAGAUCGUUGGCUUUGUACAUUACUAUUACAACGUGGUUAUCGUGUUGAAUAUUCUGCUGCAUCUGAUGCCUAUACACAUUGUCCUGAAGGAUUUGGAGAAUUCUAUACACAACGUCGUCGUUGGGCACCAUCAACUAUGGCCAAUAUAAUGGAUCUACUUUGUGAUUAUAAACGAACAGUUAAAGUUAAUGAUAAUAUCUCAUUACCAUACAUCAUAUAUCAGGGUAUGUUAAUGGUCGGUACGAUUCUUGGACCUGGUACAAUAUUCUUGAUGUUAGUCGGUGCUGUUAAUGCCGUAUUUCGUAUAUCUAAUUGGGAUUCAUUCUUCUGGAAUUUCGUACCGAUCUUAUUGUUUAUAAUUGUUUGUUUUUUGGCCAAAAAUGAUGCACAAAUUUUUGUUGCACAAAUACUUAGCGCUGCCUAUUGUCUACUAAUGAUGGCUGUAUUCGUUGGUCAAGCUAUUCAGAUGACUGAAGAUGGUCUUGGUUCACCAUCGGCAAUAUUUUUUCUAUCAUUAACCGGUAGUUUUAUCGUUGCUGGUCUAUUACAUCCACAAGAGAUUAGUUGUCUUGGACCAUUGUUAUUAUAUUUUCUAAGUAUUCCAUGCAUGUAUUUAUUGCUUAUUCUUUAUUCAUUGAUCAAUUUGAAUGUUGUCACCUGGGGUACACGUGAAGUACAGUCAAAACGAAAAGAACUGGAAGAAGAACGAAAAGCACAGGAAGAAAUCAAAAAGAAAAGUUUGCUUGGAUUUUUAAACAUGACCAAUGAAAAUCAAGAAGAAGGUAGCAUUACAUUCAAUUUGGCUAAUCUAUGUAAAUGUAUGCUAUUUACGUAUCCAAAACCGAAUGAAGAAGCCAUACAUUUAAUGAAAAUUCAAGAUCAAUUAGAAGAUAUUAAUAAAAAAGUUAACCAAAUGGGUAAAACAAUUGAACAUCAACAUAAACAUCAUCAUCAUCAUCAUCAUGGUAAAGGAUCACAUCAUCAUCGUGCUCUUGGUACAGUAAAUGAAUGUUUCACUGAUGAAGAAGAUGCUGUGGCUGCCACUUCAUUGUUGGAUGAUAUUGUUAAUGAAAAUCGAAAUCAAUCAACCAUAAAGAAUGAAACCGGUAGCCAUAAAGAAGAUGAUGAUUCAAAAUCAUCAAUGGAUAGUAAUUCACUUAGAUUGGAUGAUGAUGAUCGAAUCGAAUUACGUAAUGAACGUGAUGAAUCAUUGAAUCCAUAUUGGAUUGAAGAUAAAGAUCUUAAAAAUGGAGAAGUAGCCUAUCUACAUCCGGCUGAAAUUCAAUUCUGGAAAGAUUUGAUUGAAAAAUAUCUAUUUCCAAUCGAACAGAAUAAAGAUCAUCAGGCUAGAGUUGCAUCCGAUUUGAAAGAACUUCGAAAUCGAGUGUUUUUCGGUUUUUUCAUGUUGAAUGCAUUGUUCGUAUUGAGCGUUUUUCUGUUACAAUUGAACAAAGAAAUUCUACACGUUGAUUGGCCACUUGGUGUACGUGAAAAUAUAACCAUAAAUCCGGAUACGAAUGAAUUUAUUGUUGAAAAAGAAUAUCUAGAAUUGGAACCUAUCGGUUUGGUUUUUGUCAUUUUUUUCGGUUCAAUUUUGAUCAUUCAAUUUGUUGGAAUGUUGUUUCAUCGAUUUGCAACUUUAUCACAUAUUCUUGCAUCGGUUGAACUUUCAUGGUGUUCACCAAAGAUUGAAGAUAUGAGUGAAGAUGCAUUUAUCGAUAAGAAUGCCGUACAGAUAGCACGUCAUUUACAACGAUUACGUGGUAUUGAUGAAGAUGAUAAAUCAUCGGAAGAAUCACCAUAUGGAAAUCGUGUUGAAAAACGUAAAACAAUUUAUAAUCUUGAAAAACGAAUGAAAAAACCACGUACCAUCGGUACAUUGGAUGUGGCAUUCCGAAAACGAUUUCUUAAUAUAUCGAAUAAUAUUAAUGAAGAUACACCAAUUUUAGGUGGAAUACGAUCAAAAGAACAUUUUCUUGCAUUACAACGUCGUAAAAAUACAUUAAUCGAUGAUGAUCAACCAAUUGUUUCGAAUAAUAGAAAUAACAAUACAGGAAUGCAAACAUUGGGUGCAAAAAAUGAAUUUGUUCGUAAUAUACGACAAAGAUCAACAUUGGAUACGAAACGACCAUCAAAAGGACCGGCACCAAAUCCACCACCACCACCACAAUUACCACCAUCAUCAGCAUUAAUAUCUACAUCAAAUCAAUAUGGUAUACAGAAUCCAUCAUUUAAUAAAAAUGAAUCAGAAAAUGACGAUAUUGAUGAUAUUGAUGGUGAUGGAAUGAAUGUUGGUGGUCAUACAUCAUCAUCCCGUGCAAUGAAUCUUUCCAUUUAUGGUAGUAAUAAUCCAAUAACAACAACAACCAUUACAAAUACUCGAAACAAACCACCAAAUUUAAGGCAAAAAAAUCGUAAUAAUGAUUUAAAUUCUGAACUAUGAACAACAACAACAAAAAAAAAACUAGUGAUAAUCA